AUGGCUUCGUUUGGAUAUUUCUUUCUGCUCUGCGGACUGAAGCCGGCGAUAGCUAGUUACCCGAUCUGGUGGUCUCUGGCCAUCGGCCCCCAGCACUCGUCCCUGGGCACCCAGCCCAUCCUGUGCGGCUCCAUCCCCGGCCUGGUGCCCAAGCAGCUCCGCUUCUGCCGGAACUACGUGGAGAUCAUGCCCAGCGUGGCCGAGGGCGUCAAGAUCGGCGUCCAAGAGUGUCAGCACCAGUUCCGCGGACGCCGCUGGAACUGCACGACCGUCAGCGACAGCCUGGCCAUCUUCGGCCCCGUCCUGGACAAAGCCACCAGGGAGUCGGCGUUCGUGCACGCCAUCGCCUCGGCGGGCGUGGCCUUCGCGGUGACGCGCUCCUGCGCGGAGGGCUCGGCCACCAUCUGCGGGUGCGACGCGCGGCACAAGGCCCCCGGCGACGGCUGGAAGUGGGGCGGCUGCAGGGACGUGGAGUUCGGGGGCAUGGUCUCCCGCGAGUUCGCCGACGCCCGCGAGAACAGGCCCGACGCCCGCUCCGCCAUGAACCGCCACAACAACGAGGCCGACGCCCAGUCCAUCAUCGAUCACCUGCACCUCAAGUGCAAAUGCCACGGGCUGUCGGGCAGCUGCGAGGUCAAGACGUGCUGGUGGUCGCAGCCGGAUCCGGGUCAUCGGGGACUUCUGAAGGACAAGUACGACAGCGCGUCGGAGAGCGUAGAGAAGCACCGGGAGUCGCGCGGCUGGGUGGAGACCCUCCGCCCCAAGUACACCUACUUCAAGGCCCCCACCGAGCGCGACCUGGUGUACUACGAGGGCUCGCCCAACUUCUGCGAGCCCAACGCCGAGACGGGCUCGUUCGGCACGCGGGACCGCGCCUGCAACGUCAGCUCGCACGGCAUCGACGGCUGACCUGCUCUGCGCGCCGGCCCAACACGCGCACGAGCGCGGCGGGAGAAGUGUCGCUGCGUCUUCCACUGUGCUGCUGUUCAGCUGUCGGAGUAGCGCGUCUACGACGUCCACUGCAAGUAG